UGUAUUACCUUUAAGGGUUUAUAUAAAAUAUACAUUUUCUUCUGCUGCUAAAUAUAAAGACGGCUAUCGAGAGGAAAGAAGACAUUUCUCAGUUCAGCCCAGUAAUGGAUCCUCGUCACUGGCACAAAGUUGCUGCCAUCUCUGGAAUGGCAGCUAUAGGUUUGGGCGCUUAUGGAGCUCAUGGUUUUAAACCCAAAAACCCUGCUUACAAAGACGUUUGGCAAACUGCAUCUGUCUAUCAUCUGGUUCAUACAGCAGCUUUGCUUGGAGCUCCUCUCACUAAACACCCUACUGUAUUUGGAGGUCUUCUAACGACUGGAAUUAUGGCUUUCUCGGGGACGUGUUACGCUGUUGCACUUCUUGAGGACAGAAAAUUUUCUACUUUAGCUCCAGCUGGUGGCUUUGCUUUUAUCGCUGCAUGGGCAAGCCUACUGUUCUAGUAACCGGUUUGUAUGACAUGAAUAUACUCUGUUCUAAGAAAGCAAUUGAAACUCUCAAGAUUAUGGCUCUGGAAAAACGUUACCAGAUGAAACCUUUUGAAACUCUACUUUCACUGAACAGCUGCUCAUGUAAUUUACUUUACUUUCAAUAUGAUGAUUUACUAAUCUCAUUGUGUAAAUGUACUUUGAAUGGGCACAAAAAUAAUAAGUGUUUGUUGCAUCAAUAGACUUCAGUCAUUUGGAUUU